CGGAGAUGGGGGUGCCUGGUUGGUGACCUGGUCCAGCCCACUUCAGAGGCCGUUAGCGUCCUUGCUGGUUCUGAGCGCUUUUUCGUCCUGUCACAUUUUUCUGCUUCUUGGCAUGUCUCCUAAUUUUUUAUUGGACACAUGACAUCAUGGACGUUAUUUGUUGAGUAUCUGGACUUUGUUGUCUUCCUUUGAAGGGUGUUGGACUUUGCUCUGGAAGGCAGGUCCCCGAAGUGCAAGAGUAAUGAUGCUGGCAAUUCGGAUAUGCCAAAGAGAAGCCCUACAGUGCUCCCUUAAGUGAAAGGGUGAAAGUCCUCGACUUAAUAAGGAAAGAAAAAAAAUCAUAUGCUGAGGUUGCUAAGAUCUACGGAGGAACAACAAACUUCUAUCUUUAUGACGGGAGGUAGUUUUGCAACUUAGAAGGAGGCUCCUACCCACCCACAGUCACUUGGAAAUAGCUGUGCUGGAUCCUUCACAUUUCCGUUUCAAAGAGAUGGCUCCCAGGUUCUUGAGAACGACAUUCCUGGGUCAUAAAUUUGACAAAAGACCUAUCUAGUCUUCAAAAGAAUUUAUAUACAUUUCAAAGAGAUGUUACCAAACUGAACUUGCAUCUGCUCACCUGAUGCACAGCAAAGCCAACCUACUGACACAGUACUACACGAUCCAUCGAUCCAUCGUUGGUUGAAUCCUUGGAUGUGGAACCACGGACACAGAGGGCUGAUCUUGAACUUGCGACUCUGAACCAGCACGAUGGCGACUCCCGUCAACGGAGCCCCCGCGGAUGCCAACUUGUGGUCCUCGCAUGAGAAGAUGCUGGCGCAGCCCCUGAAAGAUAGCGACGUGGAGGUUUACAACAUCAUUAAGAAGGAGAGUAACCGGCAGAGGGUCGGCCUGGAGCUGAUCGCCUCCGAGAACUUUGCCAGCCGGGCUGUUCUGGAGGCCCUGGGUUCUUGCCUAAACAACAAGUACUCCGAGGGGUACCCGGGCCAAAGGUACUACGGCGGGACGGAAUUCAUCGAUGAGCUGGAGGUCCUCUGUCAGAAGCGAGCGCUGCAGGUCUAUGGCCUGGACCCCCAGGGCUGGGGAGUCAAUGUCCAACCCUACUCAGGCUCCCCCGCAAACUUCGCGGUGUACACAGCCCUGGUGGAGCCCCACGGCCGCAUCAUGGGCCUGGACCUGCCCGACGGGGGCCACCUGACCCAUGGGUUCAUGACCAACAAGAAGAAGAUCUCUGCUACGUCCAUCUUUUUCGAAUCUAUGGCCUACAAGGUGAACCCCGACACCGGCUACAUCAACUACGACCAGCUGGAGGAGAAUGCUCGCCUCUUCCACCCGAAGCUCAUCAUCGCAGGGACCAGCUGCUACUCCCGGAACCUGGACUACGCCCGGCUGCGUGAGAUCGCUGACGACAACGGGGCGUAUCUCAUGGCCGACAUGGCACACAUCAGUGGGCUGGUGGCGGCCGGCGUGGUGCCCUCCCCCUUCGAGCACUGCCACGUGGUGUCCACCACCACCCACAAGACUCUGCGGGGCUGCCGCGCCGGCAUGAUCUUCUACAGGAAGGGAGUGCGCAGCGUGGACCCGAAGACGGGCAGAGAGACUCGCUACAACCUGGAGUCACUCAUCAACUCUGCUGUGUUCCCAGGCCUGCAGGGGGGCCCCCACAACCACGCCAUUGCUGGGGUGGCGGUGGCUCUGAAGCAGGCCAUGACUCCGGAGUUCAGACUCUACCAGCGCCAGGUGCUGGCCAACUGCAGGGCUCUGGCCGAGACCUUGAUGGCGCUGGGCUACAAAGUGGUCACAGGUGGUUCUGACAACCACUUGAUCCUCGUGGACCUCCGCUCCAAAGGCACAGACGGCGGCCGGGCUGAGAAGGUGCUGGAAGCCUGUUCCAUCGCCUGCAACAAGAACACCUGCCCAGGUGACAAAAGCGCCCUGCGGCCCAGCGGACUGCGCUUGGGGACCCCGGCGCUGACAUCCCGAGGACUCUUGGAAGAAGAUUUCCAAAAAGUUGCCCAUUUUAUUCACAGAGGGAUAGAGCUGACCCUGCAGAUCCAGGACACCGUGGGGGUGAAGGCUACCCUGAAGGAGUUCACGGAGAAGCUGGCAGGGGCCGAGGAUCAUCAGCGGGCUGUGGCGGCACUCAGGGCAGAGGUGGAGAGCUUCGCCGCCCUCUUCCCUCUGCCCGGCCUGCCCGACUUCUAGAGGAGUGCCCGCCCGCCCAGGGACCCAGCGCCCUGGAGGCCCCACACAGGCCCUGUUUCGGACUUUGCUUUUUUUACCUUGUUCACAAACCAACAUUUGUUUAAGGCUCAGUGUUAGUCAUCCUGGGACAAGUUAUUAAGGAGUUUAAAUGUGAACCUCACUUUCUCACAGCUACGUAUAGUUGUUCUGGAAAAAUGAAAUACAAUUUAGCCAUUCAGCCUUAAUUAUCCAGACGGGUGGAGGGCAGGGUUACUGGGAAGACUCCACUCUUAAGAGUCCCUGGGCUUCCCUGACUUGCUGCGGCAGCCAGAAGCACCGAAGUUCGAGCUUGGAAGAGCUGCCCGUUGCUAUCUGCUCCCCCGUGGGCACCAAAGGAGGACUCAGUUAUAACCGUCGCAAACGAGGAGGGAGCGUCCUGGCCCUUCUGCUGUGCUUUCAAUCAGAAUCACAAGUUAGACGGGUCUAUUCAGGUGCCACCCAGCUCCGUGGGAGGGCCGCUUACAGCACCUGGGCGGGAGGGGGAUGUGAUCCCCUUCCCCCAGCCCAGGGCAGGCAGGCCAGGAAACCUGGUCCCAAGCCGCUGAGCAGACAACCACCUCCCUCCCGUGAUCAGGAAACCAGAGGUCACCUUCCCACAGAAACUUUAUUUUUCACAAAUCUCAAGUGCAAAACAUAGAUGACCAUAUAUAAUAAGCACAAAUUUUUAACCACAGAAUGUCUACAAGAAUUAUAGCUUUAAAAAAUACAACCAAUUUUUAUAUCUCAAAAAUAUCUCAACUCAAAUAAAUUAAUUUCUUAAAAAGUACA